GCAGAGGCUCUGGGAGGUUCGUGACCGGAAACGGAAAAGAAAGGCAGCAGAGAGCCGAAUUUGUUAAUAUAGUUGUGUUUUCGAACCGAUCAAAACCAAAAUGACCACCUCAUAUUGCUUUCUCCUUCCCACUUUUGAUUCUCGCAUCCACCCCUUCAAUCCCCUCUUUUUUGCUCUGGAUCCAGCGGCGCCGGCUGCUCUUUCUGUUGAUGGUAGCAUCGCCGGACGGCACCCAUGGGAGGAGGGCGGACGUCGACGGCACCUUCCAGAAAUGUCAUGGUGGUGGUAGAUCCAGCCCGGGAGUCCGCCGCUGCGCUCCAGUAUACGCUUUCUCAUGCUCUCGUUCAGAACGACGAGCUCAUUCUCCUCCAUGUCGAUAAUCCUAAUUCUUGGAAGAACGCCAUUUCGACUUUCCUCAAGAGGCCGAAUGAAAAAUCCGCCAAUGCUCAUGCUUCUGCCAUUGUCCCUGCCACUGCCACUGCCACUGCCACCGCCACCGCCACCGCUGCCGCCGCCGCCGCUUUCGGCUUCCAAGGAGGACCACAAGUGGAGGUUGAUUUUCUUGAGGAGAUGAAGAAAGCCUGCAAGAUUGCUAAUCCCAAUCUUAAAGUGCGGACGGUGAGGGUUGAAUUGGAAGGCAAAGACAAAGCCUCCAUGAUUAUGGCUCAAACCAAUGCUCUCGGUGUUGAUCUGCUAGUCAUAGGGCAGAGGCGAAGUCUCUCCACAGCGAUCUUAGGUUAUAAACGGUCUGGAGGGGCAAUGAAAGCGGCAAAAAUGUUGGACACAGCAGAGUAUUUGGUUGAGAACAGCAAGUGCACUUGUGUUGCUGUACAAAAGAAAGGUCAAAAUGCAGGCUAUCUCUUGAACACCAAAACCCAAAGAAACUUCUGGCUCUUGGCUUGAUAUCAUAAUAUCAACUCCCUUCACCAUUUUCCAUUCUCCUCAAUCCACCAUUGUUUUCAAAUUCAUCACUCCCUCUCCUUACCCUUUCUCUUGUUUCAAAAUCAAACUCAUUGGCUUUCUCUUUGGCUCUCCUUCCCCAUUUGAGAUCAAUUUCAAGUUGAUUCAUUCAUCAUCUCCAGGCUUGGUUUGGAUUGGACACCCUCUACCUUCUUUCUUUCCAGGCAGUGCAUCAACAAAAUCAUUUGUACAUAACUUUUGGACCCACAGAAAUUAACCAGCUGAAAAUGAGUUAACCCCACUCUCCUUUUUCUGUAAUGCUUUCCUUUUAUCUUUUGCUUCAAAGAAUUCAUUUGUUAACCAUGUUCUUGUUGAGCCAUCUGGUUUUAUCUUUGAAAUUGUAAUUCUGUUCGACGUGGUGAAAUCAGUACUCUUUUCUUAAGGGCUAAGCUAGAAAAUUGUUCUAAAGCCCACCUUAGCCACCUCUGAUUUCACAAAUCCAAAACCCAGCUAUGAAAUGUUUAGAUCCACCAAUACCCAGUCAACUAGUAAGAACUAUCCAAAUUGAACAGGAAAGUGUAAAACCCAACUACCAUAGCAUCCACUCUCAUCUGGUAGCAAAAAAUGCCUACAUCUGUUCCUCAUGGCUCAAAAUACCAGGAAGCUUCAUGGCAAGAAGGUAUCUACUUCAUCACCCAUUGAAGUUCAUGAUUUAUGCCAAAACCGACUCAUUUAGACGAGUUGAUGAAAAAAAAAUGAAGUAAAAAGCUCUAUUUCUUUGUUUCGUUAUUGUAUAAAAUUGUUCUUAUCCAUAUUGAAAUAAAUGAAAUUUUAAAGUUUCAUAGAA